UCCUGCGACCUGCUGGACAGAUUUGAGAAUGUAGAACAGAUCCCCAAAAUGUGGGACUGCUCUGACAAUAUCAGGAUUGUUGUGUCCGGGACCCCAGCGAGGACAAUCCCCCCUCACAAAAUGUCAAGUGUGGGGAGAGCCCCUCGGAAAAACACCAGCGUCAAGAUGGCAGUUCAGGACACAGAAGAAUCAUCUCCACCAUCUAUAGUUCGAGUCACCAUACCAAAAGUGCCUCUCACCAGAAAAAGUAAACAAAAAGAACCAUUAGCCCUCAUCAGGAGAAAGAUGCUGGCAAAGAACCAGGAAAUCCAGGAGAUCAAAAUUCUGGGCUAUGGAGAUGACUCAUUCCAGGUAUGUGACAGCCCACCACAAGUCCACUCAAACAUGAAGCAAGAGACCCUUCAGGAUGACGAGCUAUGCACAAGGUUUCCAGACAAUGAAGUGUCAACACAGACUUCACCAGUUUAUUGUUUUGGCACCUUGGAUGAAGUGGUUGAGUUUCUAAACAACUGCAGCAAACAGGAAGACCGAAGCCCCCAAGCCAUGUCCUUACCUGAAGACUCCAUUGAUGAGCCAGGAUUAGGGGAUGAGACAUUGUCGAAUGAUGAUAACAUACGUACAUUGAAGUUGGAGAUUGAAGAAGAUGAUGAUGAUGACAAUCAGCCAAUAGUUUCUCGCCUCUAUCCCAAUCCACCAAUACGCUAUGCCCCCUCCAGUCCUCCCUGUUUUCCAGUGGUCAAACGUCGACGGAAGCAGAGAUUUCAUUGUGACUGGCAGGGCCCAGUGACAAUUAUUAGUUCACCUAAUGUUCCAGUCAAGGCCAUAGAGCUGAGAGUGGAUGAGGACCUAGCUAUGUCUAUUCGACGACAGGUAGAUGUCAACAACCCAGGGCCAUUCGGCUGGCAGUUGGCCAAACUAUUAUUCACAGAGGAAGAACUUUAUGGACACAACUUCAAUGGCACAGAUCAAAAGUUGCCCCUCAGUCCAAGGCGGGUACAUGCCAUUCAGCAUGCCUUCCACGACUACUUCCCAAAAGACAUUGCAGAUGAAGCUCUAGCAAAAGGUAGAACCGCCAUUAACCAGGGCAUAAGGAACAUGUUUUAUGUUCGGAACCGCAGAGAUGGAGAUUAUCCCUAGGUCAACCUAUUAAAUAAAAACAAUAUAUGCAAUGCCAGAUUAUUUUCCUUGCCAAUGGUACAUACCAGUACAAUAGUCACCUUAAUACAAAACGACUCCCGUUUUCAGAGGAGCAAAAAUAUGAAUUACCGCUACACCAUACAGUGAAUAAAUUGUGUUGAUCUACGUGUUAACUAGGCAAGAAAAACUCUAUUCCACUCAAGUCACAUCUUGCCAUGUGGUGAAGGAGCUGGCAAUACAAACCAGUCAUAUCUGGAAUAGCAUCAUGGAGAGCAAACAUCUAUUAUUUUAUUAGAAAAAUUAUAUUGUUGCAACAAUAUUUACAAAAUACAUGGAAUUUUAAUGAAAUGGUAAGACCUAGUCAUUGACUAACUGCCUUCCGAGUUUCCUUCUCACAAGUGCUUAGUCAUAGGCUCAAUACUGACUGCAGUGUAUAACCAAUAAUUCCAGCUGUGACAGAUAUACACUGCCAUCUCAGAUCCAUCACCACGGAAAGUGAAUCCAUCAGGCAUGACAGAUUAAAUAAAGAAAGUAUUCAAAUUAUUCCUGCCACAACAUCAAUUGGGCUGAUGAAUGGAAACACAGAGAGAUCAUAUUCCAAAUGUGUUUGGGGAUUUAUUUCAAUGUAUUUUGCUAUUAUUUUGCAUCUUGGGAAGGCUGUUUUUCUAAUAAAUGAAAAUAUAUUUUAACCAUU